UAUUUGUGGUUAUUUCAGGAGAUGUCAGCGAAGGACGAUCAGAUGAAGACGAUGGAAAACAGUUACACGGAUUGUAUGAAGGCCCUGAAAGACAAGGAGGAGGCAGAUAAGAAAGAGAAGGAGACCUGGAAGAAGGAGCUGGAAAAGAAGCUGGAAGAGAAGCUGGGCAUUGUCCAGAAGGAGUGGGCAGAGAAGAGCGAGAGGAAUGGGAUUGCCCUUCAGGAGCAGUGUAAGGAAGCCAAUGAGAAGCUGCGGAAGAUGGAGGAACAACUGAUGAAGAUGAUGGAGGAGUUGAAGGUGACAAAGGAGCAGCAUGAAAAGGAGAAGAAGGAGAUGGAGGGGCAAAUGAAUACAAUGAUGGAGGCAAUGGCCGAGAAAGAUCGAGCCAAGAAGGAUCAGGAUGAAAAGGAUCGAGCCAAGAAGGAUCAGAAUGAGAAGGAUCGAGCCAAGAAGGAUCAGGAUGAGAAGGAUCAGGCUGAGAAAGAUCGAGCCAAGAAGGAUCAGGAUGAGAAGGAUCAGGCCGAGAAGGAUCGAGCCAAGAAGGAUCAGGAUGAGAAGGAUCAGGCCGAGAAAGAUCGAGCCAAGAAGGAUCAGGAUGAGAGGAAUCAGGCCGAGAAAGAUCGAGCCAAGAAGGAUCAGGAUGAAAAGGAUCAGGCCGAGAAAGAUCGAGCCAAGAAGGAUCAGGAUGAAAAGCCAAAGGAUGAGAAGAUGAUGACGGAGUCGGACCUUCAGAAACAGAAGUUCGCACUUUCCUUUUUACAGAUGAAGGAUCUGGAGCCCGGUGCUCUGGCCAUGGGGAUAGAGGAAAGCUCAGAGGAGGAAACCCUCCAGACGAUAAAGUUGCAGCCACAACACGUUGAAUCGGCGGCGGACCUCCUGACCGCCAAGAUCUUGUAUAAGAGUUGUCCUUGCUGCAAAUUCGGAGUGUCCCAGACCAAAGCCAUCAACACCUCAGAGAUCUUUGAUUUGCUGUGCCCUUCCUGCUACAGCCUGAUGAAGAAGCUGAGCUCCGCCCAGAUCAUGGAGGUGUGUCAAUUCUGUCCUUGGUGCGGCCACACAGCGUCCCGGAAAAGAGCCACCAAGCAAGACGGUGGGGAUCCCUGA